AAGCCACCGGUGGUAGAGCAGGCGGAAAGGAGGGAAAGAGAGAGACGGCGGAGAAAGACAGGGAAGAGGGAAGAGAGAGAGAGAGAGGGACAGACACAAGAAGGGGAAGGCAGUCCCCCCCCCCCGAAAACACAGCGUUUCACCCCAGCUGACCGUCUGCGAAAACGUUACGAAAAACGUCACUUUUGAGGUGAAAGCAGCAGAAUAACUGAAGAGGAUUUUUAUUUUUUACUGGCCUUUCUUUUCACGGAAGCGUAUUUCACAACCGAAGGGAGCAACGUAAACACAGCCGCAGUGAUCCCAUCAUCACAGGUAGUGUGGAUUUUCUGGCUGACUUUAUCUGAAGGGAUGCUUUAUUGAUUCGUCCUUUCAAACAAAAGCCCAGUGAUUACGGGGAGGGUGUUGGAAAGGCUUUGAUCACAGCUAUGUCAACACUUCACCAGGAUAUUUCAAGCCAAGAAGGACUACAGUAGAGGACUGACUGGAGUAAUUUCUUUUAGCCUUACAGGAUUUCAGAUUUUUUUUUUGCUAAUCUGAGUUUAGUGUGAGUUUUUAAGCAUGAGUUUUUGACAUCUUCAUUGAAACCUCUCACUCUACUGUACCCCACUCAAAUUGUCUCAAAAUGUACGGAAGCUCCCGCUCCGUCUCAAAGCUGGAUGUUGUUGGAUCCAAUGGAAACGGGUCAAUGUCAGGGAGUCCUGGACGUUCCCCCCGCCUCCCUCGCUCCCCACGCCUCGGACACCGUCGGAACAGCAGCAGCAGCUCCACUGGCGGACUCACUGGCUCCGGUAAAACCCUUUCCAUGGAGAACAUUCAGUCUCUUAAUGCUGCCUAUGCUACAGGCGGUCCGAUGUACUUCGCUGACACAAUGGAUGACCCGGUUGGCAUUGGGAGCCUGGGCAGCGGGUUGAAUCCCUCGCUACCCAAAAACACCAUGACCCUGGGCAGGGCUGGGGCCAGGGUUCCUUAUGGGGUCAGGGCAGCUAUUAUGGGAAGCAGUCCAAAUAUUAACACUGGAGGAAUGGGUGGAGCGCUCAUGCCCAGCGAUGCAAUAGCAUUUGGGGGGGACCUGCAUAACCAGCCUCCACAGUCAGCCACUGUGCCCCACUCCAUGAGACAGGUGAGAGAAGGUGCAAUGACAGACCUUCAGUCACAGUUACGAGAAGUGCUCCGAGAGAAUGAACUUCUACGCAGAGAGCUGGAUACCAAAGAGUCCAAGUUGAGCUCCUCCAUGAACUCCAUUAAGACCUUCUGGAGUCCGGAGCUGAAGAAAGAGCGGGCACUGAGGAAGGACGAAGCCACAAAGAUGGCCGUGUGGAAGGAGCAGUACAGAGUGGUGCAGGAGGAGACACAGCAUCUUCAGUGCACCAUCCAGGCUUUACAAGAUGAGCUCCGCAUCCAGCGGGAUCUCAACCAGCUCUUCCAGUCAGAUUACUCGGAGUCUGGUCUCUUCGGAAGCCAGCCAAUCGCUCCUCAGGACAUGACGGAGGACAACUUCCUGCGUCUGCAUGGCGAAUACGAGCGACAGGUCAAGGAGCUCUUCCUCCUGAGGAAGACUUUGGAGGAAAUGGAGCUGAGGAUAGAUACACAGAAACACACGCUUAAUGCCAGAGAUGAAUCUAUAAAGAAGUUGCUGGAAAUGUUGCAGAGCAAAGGUCUGUCCUCACGGGCGACCGAGGAAGACCACGAACGAACGAGGCGGCUUGCGGACGCCGAAAUGACGAUCCACCAACUGGAGGGCUUGUUGGAGCAAAAAGACAAGGAGAUGCUACAACUCAGAGAGGAGCUGCACAGGAGAUACGAAGCAGCUCCAGAAUCAACAAAGACCAAGGCUCUGCAGACAGUCAUUGAAAUGAAGGACGCGAAGAUCAGCUCGAUGGAGCGCGGCCUGAGAGAGCUGGAGGAUGAGGUGAACAUGCUCAAGUCCAACGGAGCUCUGAGCAGCGAGGAGAGGGAGGAGGAGAUCAAACAGAUGGAGGUGUACAGAUCCCACUCCAAGUUCAUGAAGAACAAGGUUGAGCAGCUGAAGGAAGAGCUAACUCAAAGCCAAUCAGAGAAGGAGGAGCUAAAGCAGCGAGCCAAUGAGCUUCAGGAGGAGGUGUCCGCAAUGGACCAGGCAAAGCAGGAUCUGAGCCGUAAGGACAGCGAGCUGCUUGCUUUCAGGACCAAACUGGACACUCUGAACAAUCAGUUCUCUGACAGUAAACAGCAUGUGGACGUUCUCAAAGAGUCGCUCACUGCAAAGGAACAGAGAGCUGCCAUCCUCCAGACUGAGGUGGAUGCGCUGCGUCUGCGCUUAGAGGAAAAAGAAUCUCUCCUCUCUAAAAAGACAACACAGAUAUCAGAGCUGACAGAGGAGAAAAGCACUCAGCAGGGAGAGAUCACAGACCUCAAAGACAUGCUGGACGUCAAGGAGCGCAAAGUUAACGUGCUGCAGAAGAAGAUAGAGAACCUUCAGGAUCAGCUGAGGGACAAAGAGAAGCAGCUAGGCGGCCUGAAAGACAGAGUCAAGUCUUUACAGACGGACACCUCCAACACAGACACGGCACUGGGAACACUGGAGGAGGCCCUGGCUGAGAAGGAGCGAAUCAUCGAGCGGUUGAAGGAGCAGCGGGAGAGGGAGGACAGAGAGAAGGGGGAGGAGGUGGAGAUCAGCAAGAAGGAGCUGAAGGAGUUGAGGGAGAAAGUCUCGCAGCUGCAGGCUGACCUCUCUGACCGUGAGACUUCAGUGCUGGAUCUGAAGGAGAAGGCGUCCUCUCUGGCAUCCUCCACUCUGAAGAAGGACAACAGGCUGAAGAGUCUGGAGAUCAGCCUGGAGCAGAAGAGAGAGGAGUGCAUCAAACUGGAGAACCAACUCAAGAAGGCUCAGAAUGCAGCGACUGAUUCCCAGGCCACCACUGAACUCUCUGAACAGAUCUCCAGUCUGGAGCAGGAAGUCACCCGGCACAAAGAGGAUGCUGGGAAGGCUCAGUCCGAGGUGGAGCGACUCCUGGAUAUCCUGAGGGAGAUGGAGAACGAAAAGAACGACAAGGAGAAAAAGAUCCAUGAGUUAGAGAGAAGCCCCUCUGCUUCCCAUCUGUGGCGUUCUCAGCAGUCGCGAAAACAAGCCCCUCCCGCUGCUGCCUCUCAGCAGCCAAUGGGGGGGCUGGUGUGGGACUACCUGGGCACUCUUGCCUCAAGGCAGAUGAAGGACCAGUCGAAGAAGGUGGCCAACAUGAAGCACAAGGAGCAGAUCGAGAAGAACAAGAACGCCCAGCUGAUGGACGAGGCCAAGAAGAGGGAGGACAAUCUGAACGAGAGCUCCCAGCAGAUAAAGGACUCCCUCCGUCAGAAGGAGGAGCGCAUCGAGGAGCUGGAGGAGGCGCUGAGGGAAAGUGUUCAGAUCACGGCGGAGCGGGAGGUGGUGCUCGCCCAUGAGGAGCAGGGACGAACGCAGUCUGAGAAACAGGUGGAGGACCUGCUGGUCGCCAUGGAGAAAGUGAAGCAGGAACUGGAGGUGAUGAAAGCCAAGCUGUCAUCGACUCAGCUCUCACUGGCCGAGAAGGAAGGUCACCUGACCGCCCUGCGAGCCGAGAGGCGGAAACACCUGGAGGAGGUCCUGGAGAUGAAGCAAGAGGCACUGCUGGCAGCCAUAAGUGAGAAAGACGCCAACAUCGCCCUGCUGGAGCUCUCCUCCUCCAAGAAGAAGAAAACCCAGGAUGAGGUGGCAGCUCUGAAGAGGGAGAAGGACGGUCUGGUCCAUCAGCUCAAACAGCAGACGCAAAACCGCAUGAAGCUGAUGGCGAACAACUAUGAGGACGACCACCUGAAGGUCACCUCUCCAAACUCAGAGCUGCCCAACAAUCACAAGCCAUCCCCAGACCAGAUUCUCUCUCCUCUCCUGGAUCUCAAUCAGAAUCGCAGCAAACUGAAGCUGUACAUCAGUCACCUGACCUCACUGUGUCAGGAGCGAGACCCAAUCAUAUUGCAGGACUUUGCCCCGCCCCCUGCCUAUCACCGUUCUGACUCCGCCUCCUGGCAUACGCAGCUGCACAGCAUGACACAGGAACAGUUGGAGGCAGAGUUAGCACUGUGCGAGAGGGAGGGGGCGGAGCUCCAGGAGUACGCAAACCAGGUCCUGCAGCAGAUCGCAGACCGAUGCCCUGACAUUUUGGAACAAGUCGUGAACGCUCUGGAGGACAGCUGCUGACACACACACACACACACACACACACAAACACACACACACACACACACACACAAAAAAAAAGUUCCAUCACACAAACUUAGGAAGCACACACACACAUAAACAUGAUGUCCUGAUGUGUCACAGUGUGUUGGACAUGAGGAUUAAGACUUUCUCUUCCACCUGCACUCAUUUCAUUUGAAACAAAAAACGUCACGACUAAAAAAGAAUUGUGUUAUUGGUCCCUACCGUUUAGAUUAACAACAUGGGAAAUAUUGUUAAUAUUUUCAGUUCAAAGUGCUGUGUAGGCAUGCAGAUCUCUUGGAAUCAGUCGGCCAUCUUGGUUCCUCCCAGGCACUCAGAAGUUGGACGCAUCGUGAAUUCAUUUAUUUGAUGGAGGAAAAAGAUUUUCAAACUGUAUAAAAAGAAUGAAAGUGACUUUGAUCUUACCAGGUAGUUCCUGAUGCCAGACUUACACGCUGUUACCACAUUGUGAUUUGAUUGGUUCAGAUACAAAAGUGUGUUUAUUUCAGCUGCCUUUGAUUCUUUACAUCAUUUGCUGCUAUCGUUUUAAAGUUUCUUUUCUGUUUUCUGUCUGAUAUCUGAUGAAACCUCCCGACCUGCAGUUUCUCUCAGCAGUCAUCUCGGCAUCGUUGUGUAAAUUGUACAGCUCUCGUCAGGGGAACAUGAAACUUUCUCAUCCUUUUUUUUUCUUUUUUUUUUCCCUUAACUGAUGAAAGGCACAAAUCGCAAUACUCCCUUUAUGAAAAACACACCAGUGUAGAUGUUUCGUGUUUGUUUUUAACCUAAGAAGAACAGGAAAUGUUCAGUAAAUGUGUCCAUGCUUAAACUAGAGUUCAGAUUAUCCCCCACUUUCCGUUUUUUUGUGACAAUCCCGUUUGAGUUGAUGUGGAAGAAUCUGAACUUUCGGGUUGUUCUGUAUUCAAAUUUUCUUUGGGGGGAGGGAGGGAAUAAAAGUUAUAACUACAUAUUUUUUUGCCUUUGGUAAUAUAUAUAUAUAUAUAUAUAUAUAUAUAUAACACUUAUAUUGUUUAAUUGCAAAUAUUGUCAUGUAUUGGUUGUUAUGUUGCAUAAUGUGUCCACAGCAUUUCUAGUGUAAACUCAAAGUAACCACAGAGUCAGUCCAUUAACAGGAGGACUGUUAUAAGGAGCGUACAUUGCACCUACAUGCACUGGGUUAUUCUCAGACUCUUAUGUUGUUGGCAGUGGAAAUGACACUCUGAUGCAUGUUUCCAACAGUGCAGACGGCUUUAGCAUGAAUUAAACCGCUAACGGCACCGAGCACUACAGGGUCAGGCUGUUUCAGGUUCAGAUCAAAGCUCCUCCGGUGUUUAUGUUUUUAGCAGAGAUGGGAGUUAUGAACCUGCAUACAGAAGUGCAGGAUGGAGACGAAGCCUAAAGAUGAAACUUCAAACUGCAGACCCAGAUCUGAUUCCACCCUGUCAUGAGACGCUCUGAAGAGGCACUUUAACUGUGUUUUAAAUAAGUCACAUGGGUGUAAAUGAGGAGUUUCAAUCCAAAACAUUCUACCUUUUUCACCAAAUGUCACCUGUUUCCAGAUGCUUAAAGGUUUCAAUGAUCAUGAAAAUGAUCCCUGGAACAUCUCAAUGGUUCUCAUUUGGAAUGAAACUCCACCCAGUAUGAGCUUGUGUUUAAAAUCCAGUAUUUCAUUAUGUUAUGUUUUUUGCUGAUGCAGUUUUGUCACGGUGGGAAUGGUGAUGGCCUUCAACACUUUGUUGUGGAUUGAAAAUGGGAAUGAAGAGAAUGGAAUAAAAUAUGACAUAAUUGUUCAUUUUAUUGUGAAAA